UGCAUGUCGACGGAUAUAGCUUUAAAAAUGCGAGGAAAGCCUUUAAGUGAACGGCGUGGUGUCUUUGUUUUGAAUGUCGUAUUUUUGGGUUAAACGCGUUAGAAACGGCUUGACAGCGCUGUAGCACCUCGCUGACUUCUUGGGGCUCGGUAUGUCGGAUGAAGAUUCCCGUGCCAGCACCAGUUCUUCCUCCUCUUCGUCGUCAACUCAUCAUCAGCAGCAGCAGCAGCAGCAGCAGGACACAAACACCCCGAAGAAACGAGAAAGCAAAGCCAGCAUGAGCAAGACUUCCAAACUCCUCUCUACUAGUGCUAAAAGAAUUCAGAAGGAAUUGGCAGACAUAACAUUGGAUCCACCACCAAACUGCAGUGCCGGUCCCAAAGGAGACAACAUCUAUGAGUGGAGGUCGACCAUCCUGGGCCCCCCAGGCUCCGUGUACGAGGGGGGAGUGUUUUUCCUGGACAUUGCCUUCACACCAGACUACCCCUUCAAACCACCCAAGGUGACGUUCCGUACGAGGAUCUACCACUGCAACAUCAACAGCCAGGGGGUGAUCUGUCUGGACAUCCUGAAGGACAACUGGAGUCCUGCCCUCACCAUCUCCAAGGUGCUGCUGUCCAUCUGCUCCCUGCUCACUGACUGCAACCCUGCUGACCCUCUGGUUGGAAGCAUCGCCACACAGUACACAACAAACAGACCCGAACACGACAGGAUAGCCAAACAGUGGACCAAACGCUACGCCACAUAAUCGGCAGAGGAGCUGCUGAUUGGACGACUUGGGGGGGGGGGAUGCGGGGGUGUCGACUUUAUGGGGCCGCUCGGCUCCCAGCAGAGGAGGGAGGCGGGAUUAGACAGAGGGGCGUGUGGAUUUUUAUCUCAGAAUUGAAGUCUUAACUCCUGAACGUUUUUGUUGUUUAUUGUAUUUUUUUAAGUUAUCUCUGGCCCAAUAACUAUAACCCGAAUCUGGCAAUAAUGCAUUCAGUGUUUUCUUUUUUGAAUUUUUAGCUUGUGCUUGAAGAUGGACAUUAAUACUAAUCUGCUAGAUGAAAUGUGUCACAGCAUGAUUCCCCGUCAAUUACGUCAGUGUAAAUUCUCUCACAUGUAUUAAGUUCCAGUUGGUGUUUGCUUGCCCCUCCAAUCUCCUGGUCUUUGCAGAGGUGUUUCGCACAUGUAGACAUGUUUAGAUAUGGGUGGAUAUUGGUUGUGACUUGUGUUCUUUCAUGAUAAAAAGCUGUUCUGUUUCUCCCUUAAGAAUUAAAACAUGACCAACUGA